CAGGCGUGCGGGGAGAGCCGUCCCGAUUAGGCAGGCGAAUCCCCAGCGGAUCUGGACCGCCGUCGCUUGGAAAUCCGAUGAGUAACACGAUUCUCGUACAACCGGCUUGUUCGGUCGCUUGCCACCCACAGGUCCAUGGUUGACACGGUCAACGCGGUUGACACGGUCGUUAUAAAGCCGAAUGGAUGCCUCCGCCAUUGCAUCGCUGCAACUGCGCAACUGAGCUGCGAAACUGAGAGACGAGAGCGUGAUUGAUGAGUUAUCCUGCCGGCCUGAUUGCCCGAUUGCCUGAUACCCCGCCUUUGUCCCCCGCAGAUCGCCUGCGUGCCUGAUUCGCCAGGACACCACCCCCGCGUGCCUUAGUGCCUUAGCUCCGCCAAUCUUUUCCUCCUCUUCUCCCUUCUCUCUCCUCCUCUCCUCCUUUCCUCCUCUAAUUCCCGCGGGUUUCGCAAUCCCUUUCCCGUCAUUCGCUGCCUAUAAAACUGCUCCAUCCAUCUGGUGCUUCGUGCUUCUGUGCUUUCCCCGCUGUAUGUCUCCCUUCGCUGGCAAGGGAAAACUGCCUUGGUAUCCCUCCUCUUCUCUUUCCUCGUCUUCCUCAUUCCUCAUCUUCCUUCCCACUCUCUCCGUUCCCCGUCUUUUCCCCUCCCAGCCUGAACCAUGAGCGAGUGUCCAUUCCCCCAUGGCCAGAAGUCGGCCAAUAUUGGCGGCGGUGGCACCCGAAACGUAGACUGGUGGCCCGGCCAGCUGCGCCUGAACAUUCUGCGCCAGCAUGGCGACGCCAGCAAUCCCCAGAGCAAGGACUUCGAGUACGCCACCGCCUUUAAGGGCCUGGACUACGACGCCCUGAAGAAGGAUUUGCAUCGCCUCAUGACCGACUCGCAGGACUGGUGGCCCGCCGACUUCGGUCACUACGGCGGCCUGUUCAUCCGCAUGGCCUGGCACAGCGCCGGCACCUACCGUGUCUUCGACGGUCGCGGCGGAGGUGGCCAGGGCCAGCAGCGCUUCGCUCCUCUGAACAGCUGGCCCGACAAUGCCAGUCUCGACAAGGCCCGUCGUCUGCUGUGGCCCGUCAAGCAGAAGUACGGCAACAAGAUCUCCUGGGCUGAUCUCCUGCUGCUGACAGGCAACGUCGCCCUCGAGUCCAUGGGUUUCAAGCCCUUCGGCUUUGCUGGCGGUCGUCCCGACACCUGGGAGGCCGACGAGUCCGCCUACUGGGGAGGCGAGAAGAGCUGGUUUCCCCAGGGGAACGACGUGCGCUACGCCGCUCAGACCGACGCCGAGCAGAAGCAGCAGGGCGAUAUCCGCACCCGCAACCUCGAGGAUCCUCUGGCCGCCGUGCACAUGGGCCUGAUCUACGUGAACCCCGAGGGUCCCGACGGCAACCCCGACCCCGUCGCAGCCGCCCGGGAUAUUCGCGUCACCUUCGGUCGCAUGGCCAUGAACGACGAGGAGACCGUGGCCCUGAUUGCCGGUGGGCACACCUUUGGCAAGACGCACGGCGCUGGCCCCGCCGACAAGAUCGGUCCCGAGCCCGAGGCGGCCGACCUGCACCAGCAGGGCCUGGGCUGGAGUAACGGGUACCUGUCGGGUCGCGGCGCCGACAGCAUCACCAGCGGCCUCGAGGUGACCUGGACCAAGACGCCCACCCGCUGGAGUCUCGGCUUUCUCGAGUACCUGUUCAAGUUCGACUGGGAGCUGACCAAGAGUCCUGCCGGCGCCAACCAGUGGACGGCCAAGAAUGCCCCCGAGAUCAUCCCCGACGCCUACGACUCGAACAAGAAGCAGAAGCCGCGCAUGCUGACCACCGACCUGGCGCUGCGCUUUGAUCCCGCCUACGAGAAGAUCGCCCGUCGCUACCUGGAGAAUCCCGACGAGUUUGCCGACGCCUUCGCGCGCGCCUGGUUCAAGUUGCUGCAUCGUGACAUGGGCCCCCGCGCGCGCUGGCUGGGUCCCGAGGUGCCCAAGGAGACGUUGCUGUGGGAGGAUCCCGUGCCCGCGGUCGAUCAUCCGCUGAUCGACAACGAGGACGCCUUGGCGCUGAAGCAAGAGAUCCUGGGGUCCGGCGUCGAGCCGACCAAGUUCAUCACCACCGCUUGGGCGUCCGCCUCGACCUUCCGCGGCAGCGACAAGCGCGGCGGCGCCAACGGCGCGCGCAUUCGGCUGGCGCCCCAGAAGGACUGGGAGGUCAACAACCCCCCACGCCUGCAGGAGGUUCUGCGCGUGCUGGAGCGCAUCCAGCGCGACUUCAACGGCGCUCAGACGGGUGCCAAGCGCGUCUCGCUGGCCGAUCUCAUCGUGCUGGCCGGCUGCGCCGCCGUCGAGCGCGCGGCGGGCCACCCCGUGCCCUUCACGCCCGGUCGCACCGACGCCAGCCAGGAGCAAACCGAUGUCGAGCAGUUCGAGCACCUGCGGCCGCUGGCGGACGGCUUCCGCAACUACGGCGGCUCGACGCCGCGCGUGCGGGCCGAACAGUACCUCGUCGACCGCGCGCAGCUGCUGCAGCUGACACCGCCCGAGAUGACGGUCCUGGUGGGCGGCCUGCGCGUGCUGGACGCCAACUAUGACGGCUCCGAGACGGGCGUGUUCACGCAGCGGCCCGGUCAGCUGACCAACGACUUCUUCGUCAACCUGCUGGACAUGAACACCGUCUGGCAGCCGCUCGGCGCCGACCAUGAGCGCUUCGAGGGCGUCGACCGCAAGACGGGGGCCAAGAAGUGGACGGGCAGCCGCGUGGAUCUUGUCUUCGGCUCGCACGCCGAGCUGCGUGCGCUGGCCGAGCUGUACGGUAGCGCCGACGGCCAGGUCAAGUUCGUCAAGGACUUCAUCGCCGCCUGGGACAAGGUCAUGCAGUUGGACCGCUUCGACCUCACCUACUCGGCUAUCCCUACGCGUCCGCGUCUGUAGUCAGCCCUAAGUUUGGUUGCGGGCUAGCGGAAUUCGCUC